AUGUCUUCUUGUUCCUCAGAGUAUUCAAUGAUGUCUUCUUGUUUCUCAGAGUAUUCAAUGGUGUCUUCUUGUUUCUCAGAGUAUUCAAUGAUUAUUGCUCUCUUGGUAUCUUCUUACACUUUUUAUGCAUAUUGGAAAUUACUGACUGAAUAUUGUCUCAUAAGGCAUUACGUUCUUGAAUGA